AUGGAAGAGGUAUUAAAUAACAUCGAAGACACCACAUAUACAGAAAACACUCCUAUUGCAGGGGCCGAUGUCGUAGAAUGGAAACCAAGAAUAGGUAUAAAGUUUGAAACUAAGGAAGAGGCAUAUGAUUUCUAUAAUUCAUAUGCCGGUCGAGUCGAUUUUAGUAUCCGCAAAGAGUAUUUUAAUAAAAGCAAGAAGACUGGUAAACUGUCAUCGAGAUUGUUAAUAUGCUGCAAGGAGGGUUUUAGGGUUGACGACAUUCGGGACAGUAAUACAAAGACUCCCAGGGCCGAAACACAAACUGGUUGCCUUGCUCGAAUGCUUAUACAAGUUUCCAAGUAUACCCAUAAGUUGGAAGUUACAAAAUUUGUUGAAAGCCACAACCAUCCAUUGAUGAUUUAUGAAUGCAAGCACAUGCUGCCGUCCCAGUGUAGAAUUACCCGCGUUCAGGCAAUUGAUUUGGAAUUGGCUUCUGAUUCAGGAAUAACCCCUUGCAAUUCAUAUGAGUUGAUGGGAAGGCAAGCUGGUGGAAAAGAGUCAGUCGAGUAUAUAAAGUUGGAUUUACAAAAUCAUAUAAGGACCCGAAGACAAAAUGAGCUUGAAUAUGGAGAAGCAUGA